UCGAAAAAAGAAUAAGAAGAGCAUUAAGUAAAAGAAAAAGAGUGAGAGAGUGAGACACAAAAGUUCAACCUGAUCCGAACCUGAGGUCCGUGUCUAGAAACCGAGGCUCGGAGCUCACUGAGCCUCAGGGAAAAAAAGCCAAAGCAACCACACUCGAAAAAUAAUGGAACCCAAACCAAAGCUAGAGAGAGAAAGCCAAACAGGGUUUUAGAGAGAGAGAAAGAGAGAUUUUUAGAGAGAGGUUUUUAGAGAGAGAAAGCAACGACAGAUGGGUCAGAUCGUGAGGAGGAAGAAGAAGGGACGUCCUUCUAAAGCAGAUCUAGCUCGCCGUUCCGGUCAAUCUCCGGUGACUUCUCAAUCCGACUUGCGACGGAGCCGACGACGGCGAAAUGUAAGAUAUAAUAUAGACUACGAUGAUUACAUCGACGAGGAAGACGAGGAAGAAGAUGAAGAUGAGAGGAGGCGCGAGAAGAAGAAGCUGAAGCUUGUGGAGAAGCUCAACCAGGGUGUAGAUGAGGAAGAAGAUGAAGAUGAAGAGGACUCCGCGCCCAGUCGCGGUAGGCCGCGUGUGGCACACGCACGUUCGGUUCAGUCUGAGAAACGAAAGUUUGGAGGGAAGAAGGAUGAUGAUGAAGAAGAAUAUGAAGAAGAAAGGGAAGAGGAAGAAGAAGAAGUUGAAGAAGAGAAUGAGAAUGCAGAGGAACACGAAGAUGAAGAAGAAGGUGAAGCUGAAAGGGGUGAGGCAAAGGGCAUAAAAGUGGAAUCCAAAGGGCUCCACUCUGUUCCAGGAACCCCUUUGAAGGUUCUGUCUGUGAUUCCGUUGCCGGAUAAGAGGACCCUUGAAUUGAUCCUUGACAAGCUUCAGAAGAAGGACACAUACGGUGUGUAUGCAGAGCCAGUUGAUCCGGAAGAGCUUCCUGAUUAUCACGAUGUGAUUGAUAAUCCUAUGGACUUUGCCACCGUGAGGAAUAAGUUGGCAAAUGGAUCAUACACUACAUUGGAACAAUUUGAGAGUGAUGUAUUUUUGAUUUGCUCAAAUGCAAUGCAAUACAAUUCGUCCGACACGAUAUACCACAAACAGGCACGUUCAAUACAAGAACUAGCUAGAAAGAAGUUUGAGAAGUUAAGGAUCAACUUAGAACGCACUCAGAGUGAGCAGAAAUCUGAACAAAAAACAAGAUCCAAUUCCUUAGGUAAGAAUCUAGCAAAAAGGCCACUUGGUUAUGCUUCACAGGAACCCGUUGCCUCUGAUUUCUUCUCUGGUGCAACUCUUCCCACUACUGGAGAUGUACUGCCAAUUUCCCAUCCAAUGCAAGGUAUCCCUAGUGAAAGGCCUGGCAACAUUGAGGGCCUUGUUGCAGGGAAUACUUUCUUUAUCGAUGGAAAUCAAGAGAAAGCAGAAGACUUUAUGUCAGGGAAAGGUCUUCUCUCCAAGAUGGGAAGGAAAUCAUCUGUGCAAGAUUAUGAAAGGAAAUCAUAUGUACAAGAGUAUGAGCGCCGUGCUACUUAUAAUAUGUCUAAUCCAUCAGUUACUGGAUCUGAUUCAGUAUUUACGACAUUUGAGAGUGAAAUUAAGCAGUUAGUUACUGUUGGACUUCAGGCUGAAUAUUCCUAUGCCAGGAGUUUGGCUCGUUAUGCUGCAACUCUAGGACCUACUGCCUGGAAAAUAGCUUCUCAGAGGAUUCAACAGGCACUGCCAUCUGGCUGUAAAUUUGGUCGUGGUUGGGUUGGAGAGUAUGAACCACUCCCAACCCCAGUAUUAAUGCUUGAUAACCGUGUCCAGAAACAACAUAGUCUGUCAACAACGUUGCAGUCUACUUCUAAAUUAACAAAGGUUGGUAAAGAUGGUAAGAAUGUAGAAUCCACCUUGGAACAUCCUGUAAACGAACUGAUGUUUGAGGGAAAACAGCCUUCAAUUCGCCCUGGUAGUGUGCUAGCAUCAGAAGUAAAACCAUCUUUGUUUGGCUCUGCUGGAUUAAGACCGAAUACUUCUACCAAUCUCACUCAUCAGCAACCAAAUGUCCAAACCAGGAACAUUGGAAAGUCUGAGAAUAAAGGUUUGAAACAAGUGGAGUUGAACUCUUUACCCUCGAGUGAUCAGAACAAUGUCAGUUUAGUUGCAAAACUUAAAAGUAACGCACCUGCAGCUGUUUCUAAACCUAGAGAGAUGGUACCAAGUAACAUGAAUAUUUUAACAUCUAUGCCUUUCAAGCAGCCAGAUGCUAACGGGGUUGUUAGUGGAGAGUUACCUAAUGGAAACGUCAGGAAUCCUAGUUUCAAUAGACGGAUGACUGCUCCGUCAUCUGAAAGUACAUCAACUCAAACAGUCAGAUCGGCUCCCUUUGUUACCCAUGGGCAAGAGCAGAGUCUUAGCGACCCAGUUCAGAUGAUGAGGAUGUUAUCUGAAAAGGCUCAAAAGCAGCAAGCUUCUAGUUCAUCUAAUCAUCCGCCUACCGAAACUCCACCAGUUCAGAUGAUGCGGAUGUUAUCCGAGAAGGCUCAAAAGCAGCAGGCUUCUAGUUCAUAUAAUCACCCCCCUACCGAAACCCCACCAGUUUGGAUGAUGCGGAUGUUAUCCGAGAAUGCUCAAAAGCCGCAGGCUUCUAGUUCAUCUAAUCACCCCCCUACUGAAACUCCACCAGUUCAGAUGAUGAGGAUGUUAUCCGAGAAUGCUCAAAAGCCGCAGGCUUCUAGUUCAUCUAAUCAUUCCCCUACCGAAACUCCACCAAUAACUCCAAAUCCACCGGGACGAAGAGAAGACUUGAGCAAUGCUUCAGCAGCAGCUGCCCGUGCAUGGAUGUCUGUAGGAGCUGCAGGGUUUAAACAAGGACCUGAAAAUUCUAGUUCACCCAAAAGUCAGAUUUCUGCAGAGUCAUUGUACAACCCGGCCCGUGAGUACCAGCAGCAUCUUUCACGAAGUAGAGGCGAGUUUCCUUCUGGCGGAAUGCCUUUCCAGUCAGAGAAGAACUGUUUUCCAUUUCAGGCACUUGUACCUCAACAUCACGCAAUUGGUGUUUCACAGUUUUCAAACCGACCUAUGGUUUUCCCUCAACAAGUAGCAGCUUCUGACCUAUCAAGAUUUCAAAUGCAGCCGCCUUGGCAAGCUGUCAGGCCUCAUAGUCAACCAAGACAGAAACAGGAAUCGCUUCCUCCCGACUUGAAUAUUGGUUUCCAGUCACCUGGGUCCCCUGCAAAACAAUCUUCUGGUGUGCAGGUUGACUCACAGCAACCAGACCUUGCUUUGCAGCUAUGACACGGCAUUCCAAUUCCGUUGUGCAUGUUUCUGCAAGAAUUUGACUGAUUGAAUUUCUGCUCCUGUCAUUGGAUGUUGAUUUCGAUUCAUAAAGCUGAGGAAAAGGUUACUGCUUGUUACUUUCGGAAGGGAUGAAAUGGAUACCAUGCGCUGGAGAAGAUUGUUAUCCCCUGGAUGCUAAUGUUGGGGAUCUUAAGUAGGAUUUGACACAAGGUAAAUAGACUGAGUUUCCUUUUGUUCAAAGACUUGGGUGUGAGAAAAUAGAUCUGCGACCUUUCCAUAUUUUCCCGACGAGUAUUACUGAGAUGAUGCAGCCUGUAUUUGUACUAUCCUGGAGUUGAAAACCAAAAUAUCAUCGUGUCAAUUGAUUACGAUGAAGUGUUGCUUGUAUUCUUCAUUAGGUGGCGAAAUAUCCUGUUGAUGCCUUGUACAUUCAAUACAAAUGGGUGAAACCAGUUGCCUAGAUUUUCAUUUCAUUAGAAGAUUACUUGUUUUUCUGAUUGGUGGAGAAGGCAUCGGCGGCAUUAUAGUCCUUAAUGCUGUUACUAUUAUUAUUCUGUACAUGAAAUGUUUACUUGUCAUGAAUGCAAGAGCACAUUUGUUUUU